GAGAUGUAGGCCCCCUGACCUGGGCCUGGCUGAGUGUUACAGGGUGCCUCUCCCCGUGGAUUUGAAGAUCCCCCCGGAGAGCCUUUCCCCCUGGAGAGGAGGGGAGACCGAAGGGCUACAGCGCCUGGAGCAACACUUGACUGACCAGGGCUGGGUGACAAGUUUUACUAAACCGAGAACAAUCCCAAAUUCGCUGCUUCCAAGCACCACAGGCCUGAGUCCAUAUUUCAGUCUGGGCUGUCUGUCAGUUCGCACCUUUUUUUAUAGGUUGUCCAACAUUUAUGCUCAGGCCAAACAUCACUCUCUGCCCCCGGUGUCGCUCCAAGGGCAGCUUCUGUGGAGGGAAUUCUUCUAUACGGUGGCAUCAGCAACACCAAACUUCACCAAAAUGGCUGGGAACCCCAUCUGCCUUCAGAUCAGUUGGUAUGAGGAUGCAGAGAGCCUCCACAAAUGGAAAACGGCACAGACGGGGUUCCCGUGGAUCGAUGCGAUUAUGACCCAGCUGCACCAGGAAGGCUGGAUCCAUCACCUUGCUCGGCACGCUGUUGCCUGCUUCCUGACGCGGGGGGACCUUUGGAUCAGCUGGGAAGAGGGCAUGAAGGUGUUUGAAGAGCUGCUUUUAGAUGCUGACUACAGCAUCAACGCUGGGAACUGGAUGUGGCUGUCGGCCAGUGCGUUUUUCCACCAGUACACACGGAUCUUCUGCCCUGUCCGCUUUGGGAAGCGCACGGACCCCGAGGGGCAGUACAUCCGGAAAUACUUGCCUAUACUAAAGAACUUUCCCUCCAAGUACAUCUAUGAGCCCUGGACAGCAUCUGAAGAGGAGCAGAAGCAAGCGGGGUGUAUCAUAGGUCAAGAUUACCCCUUCCCAAUGGUGAACCACAAGGAAGCCAGCGAUCACAACCUGCAGCUGAUGAAACAGGUCAGAGAGGAACAGUACAGAACAGCCCAGCUCACGAGAGAUGAUACAGAUGACCCAAUGGAAAUGAAGGUAAAGCGUGACCACUCUGAAGAAAAUGUAUCAAAAGGAAAAGUGGCCAGGAUGACAGAACAAACCGAGAUCCCAUCAGGGAUUACCCGUGGGGAACCAAAAAAUGACAAAAGGGGAGAGCCAGAGGCCAGCUGAACUGGACAAACUGUACUCACUACUUUGCCC